GACACCUUACUGACCGCGCGUAAGUUUGACAUAUUUUUCUCGAAGCAUUGUAUAACCGAAGAAGCACCUCCGGAACCAUUAAAUGCCAGACUCUCAGAGAGAAAUACCUUCAACUCAGUCCUGGUCGUCGGAAAGUCUGACCAGUCCUGAAAAAAUUCUAGUGAGAAAGUUCUUAAACCCGGCUAUAUACGUGGAAAAACCCAUAAUGGCUCCCUUGAGGAAGACCAGCCCUUUAUCUGUGAAUAUUAGUGACAGCGACGAAGGAUACAUAUCUUCUAGCAGGACUGCGAGGACUCAGGUACUAACAGACAGAUCUGUUAAAAGAUGUACGUGUAUCAGCGAUCCUGCUAACUGUCAAUGUCAGUCGUCCAAAUCAGAAAGUUGGGAGAUUUACUCUACGCGAUCUUCGUCCAGUACGGAUAGCCAAAUUACAGUGAAAUCCAAGAAUUCCAAGAGUUCAUUGCUAGAUAUAGACAACGAAAUGAGGUUAUCUUUAGGAUCGAUCAACACCGACCGCACUAUCAACCUAAACGCCAAAGAGAAGGAAGAAAGGAUCAAGAACUGGCUGAAGAAGAAAGAAUAUGAACUUAAACGUCGAAAGGAGGAGGAAGAAAAAAAGAGGCAAGAAGAGGAACAUCAGAAACGGUUACAGGCCGAGCAAAAGCAAGAAAGUUAUAAAAGGUGGAGAAGAGCAAAGAAACUUGAGGAAGAGCGGAUUAAAAAGGAAAGAGAAAGGAUAGCGGAGGAAAGGGUGCGGUUGGCUGAGGAGAAGCAAAGAAAACAAGCUGAGAAUGAGAAGAAGUUUCAGUUGUGGCUGAAGGAAAAGAAGCAACAAGAGUUGGAAAGAAAAAUACAACAAAAGAUGUGCCAGUUAAGAAUAUAUGAAGAGAAACAAAAGCGUAUGGAGGAAAAUGAUAGAGCGUUCAACGAUUGGUUGAAAAUUUCGAAAUAUCGACAAAAACCGGUUCCUCUAAACAAAGGAUUGCAAAGUUUGUGUUCUUCCACUUCAAUCACGUACAUUAAUCCACAGCCUUGGGUCCCGAACGUAAACGAUCAAGAAAUAGCCUCAAAAUAACUUUUUGAAUGAUUUUUUUUAAGAAACUAAAUAAAGCAAUCGUAAAACCA